AUGUACCCAACUAAACCACGUGAUGGGUACAACAAAAAUUACCAAGGAGGCUAUCAGAAAAACACCUCUGUUCCACCUGGAUUCGAAGCUAAGCAAGGUCCACAAGAACCUGGAGUCAAGCAGAUGCUUCAGCAACUACUUCAGGGACAGUCUACCGGAAACGUGGAUCUCAACAAGCGACUAUCUGAGAUCAAUGGGAGAAUCGACUUCUCGCACCACGACCUUCAGACUAAGAUUGAAGCUCUCACAAGUAGAAUCCAUCAGCUUGAACACAAAGGCGGAACAGCUUCCUCAUCCAGAACGCAAGGUCAACUUCCGGGUAAAGCAGAGCAGAAUCCCAAGGAAUACGUACAAGCAAUUACAUUGAGAAGUGGACGCGCUUUACCUCCAAGAACAGGACCCGCACCAGUCAAUGAGGACAUUGAGGAACAAGAGGAGGAGAUUUCAGUUGAAACUGAAGCCACGGCACCUGUGACUGAAGAGGAACCACCAGUUCAAGAGAAAGAGAAAGCACCAGAGGAAGUGCAAAAGAAGAAGAAAGCCCCAGCUUUCGUUCCUCCUCCUUACAAACCGCAACUUCCCUUUCCUGUUCGAUUCAAGAAACAACAGCUUGAGAAAGCUAGAGCCCUGUUUGAUAAGCAAAUAAAGGAGAUUGAUAUUACAAUGCCCUUCUUGGACGCAUGUAUGCUCAUCCCUCCCUAUCAGAAAUUUCUCAAGGACGCUGUAACCGAGAGAAGAAAAGAGGUUCAGGGCAUGGUCGUUCUUUCUCAGGAAUGUAGUGCAAUCAUCACUAGGAAAGUGGUUGGGAAGAAGUUUGAAGAUCCGGGCAGUUUCACUCUUCCUUGUUCUAUUGGUCCUCUGGCAUUCAACCGAAGCUUGUGUGAUCUUGGAGCAGGCGUAUCUGUAAUGCCACUCACGGUAGCUAAAAGGCUUGGGUUCGAGAAGUAUCAAAAGUGCGACGUUUCCUUGGUACUUGCGGAUAGAUCAGUACGCAUCCCAGUGGGUAUGCUCGAGGACUUGCCUGUGCGAGUAGGAAACGUGGAGAUACCCACUGACUUUGUUAUCCUUGAGAUGGACGAAGAACCCAAGGAUCCGCUGAUCUUGGGAAGGCCCUUUUUGGCAACCGCUGGAGCUAUCAUCGAUGUUCAGAGAGGGAAGAUUGAGCUAAACUUUGGAGAUGACUUCAAGCUCAGCUUCGACAUCAAGAGGUCGAUGAAGAAACCAACCAUUGAUGGACAGCUCUUCUGGGUAGAGACUUUGGAUCAGUUGGCAGACGAGUAUCUAGAGGAGUUAGCCACAGAGGACCAGCUUCAGCUAACCUUGACUGAGAAAGCGGAGGAAAAGAGCUACUUCAACACCGAAUCCUUGGAGUAUGCUCGACUCUUAGACUCCCACAGAGGGACUGUUCCCAAUGACGUGGUUGAGGAAAUCAUAGGACGCUCCGUGAGAGUUGAGGAAAUCCACAAGGUAGAGGCAGAGCACGACCUCGAGCAACCUUCAGACGAUGACUGGAGCGAGCUCAAAGCCCCAAAGGUGGACCUCAAGACCUUACCAGAUGGGCUAAGGUACGCAUUUCUUGGACCAAAUUCAACUUAUCCCGUAAUUGUGAACCAAGAACUUACCCCACCCCAAUUAACCUCCCUCCUUAAUGAGUUGAGGAAGUUCAGGAGAGCAAUUGGUUACUCUUUAGAGGACAUCAAAGGCAUAUCUCCUGAGCUUUGUACUCAUCGCAUUCACCUUGAUAACGAAUCUAAGGGAUCUAUUGAACACCAAAGACGCUUAAAUCCCAACCUCAAAGAGGUGGUGAAAAAGGAAAUCCUUAAGUUGCUUGACGCCGGCGUGAUCUACCCUAUCUCGGAUAGUACUUGGGUCUCGCCGGUACACUGUGUGCCCAAGAAAGGUGGAAUCACAGUAGUCAAGAACGAAAAAGACGAAAUGAUCCCAACCAGAACCAUAACCGGUCACCGAAUGUGCAUAGAUUACCGAAAGCUCAAUGCGGCGACUAGGAAGGAUCAUUUUCCACUGCCUUUCAUCGAUCAGAUGCUUGAGCGGUUGGCAAACCAUCCUUUCUAUUGCUUCCUUGAUGGCUAUUCGGGAUUCUUUCAAAUCCCCAUCCACCCUAAUGACCAAGAGAAAACGACCUUCACAUGUCCCUAUGGAACUUUUGCCUAUAAACGUAUGCCCUUUGGAUUGUGUAACGCUCCGGCGACUUUCCAAAGGUGCAUGACGUCAAUCUUUUCUGAUUUGAUUGAGGACACUGUUGAAGUGUUUAUGGAUGACUUUUCUGUCUAUGGCAGUUCCUUUGUGUCUUGUUUGUCCAACUUGUGCAGGGUUCUCAAGCGCUGCGAGGAGACGAACCUAGUGCUCAAUUGGGAGAAGUGUCACUUUAUGGUCAGGGAAGGGAUCGUCUUGGGACACAAGAUAUCAGAAAAGGGGAUAGAGGUUGAUCAAGCAAAGAUUGAAGUGAUGAGUCAGCUUGCUCCACCAAAGACAGUCAAGGACGAGACUGAGUUCCUGUUUGACGAGGAGUGCCUUAAGGCAUUUGAGAUGAUCAAGACUGCCUUGGUCACGGCCCCGAUUGUGCAAGCACCAAACUGGGACUACCCUUUCGAGAUCAUGUGUGACGCUAGUGACUACGCCGUGGGAGCUGUGCUUGGCCAGAGGAUAGACAAAAAGCUCCACGUGAUAUAUUACGCAAGCAGAACCAUGGACGAUGCCCAAGGACGAUACGCAACAACUGAGAAAGAGCUCUUGGCAGUAGUCUUUGCGUUCGAGAAGUUCAGAAGUUAUCUCGUGGGUUCAAAGGUGAUAGUCUACACCGAUCAUGCGGCCUUAAGACAUCUGUUGGCAAAGAAGGACACCAAGCCAAGGCUCCUGAGAUGGAUACUUCUUCUCCAGGAAUUCGAUCUCGAGAUUUUGGAUAAGAAAGGGGUUGAGAACGGAGUUGCGGAUCAUCUCUCAAGGAUGAGAUCUGGGAAAAGCGUAGGUUUGGCAGUUCGGUUAGAGCAGUUGAAGGCAGUUGAGGAAAAGGAAGCGCCUUGGUAUGCAGAUUACGCCAACUACUUGGUGUGUGGAGAGGUCCCGGCCGAUCUAUCUCCUUACCAGAAGAAGAAGUUCUUCAGGGACAUCUCACACUUCUUUUGGGACGAACCAUACCUGUUCAAGAGAGGAUCAGAUGGUCUGUUUAGGAGGUGCAUAGCUCAGGAGGAAGUAGAAGGAAUACUCGAGCAUUGUCACGGAUCGAGCUACGGAGGUCACUUUGCGACUUUCAAAACAGCUUCCAAAGUUCUUCAAGCCGGAUUCUGGUGGCCAAGCCUUUUCAAAGACACUCACGACUUCAUUGCAAGGUGUGAUAGAUGCCAACGAGAAGGGAGCAUUUCCAAGCGCAAUGAAAUGCCACAAAACCCGAUACUUGAGGUGGAAGUGUUUGAUGUAUGGGGCAUCGACUUCAUGGGCCCCUUUGAGCCACCUUCUCAUGGGAAUAGAUACAUCCUAGUGGCAGUUGACUAUGUGUCCAAGUGGGUCGAGGCAAUCGCUUCCCCAACGAACGAUGCCAAGGUUGUGCUCAAGCUGUUCAAAAGCAUCAUCUUCCCGAGAUAUGGAGUGCCAAGGGUUGUAAUAAGCGAUGGAGGAAGCCACUUUAUCAACAAAGUCUUCGAGAACUUGCUGAAGAAGUAUGGAGUCAAGCAUAAGGUAGCGACACCAUACCAUCCUCAGACAAGUGGUCAAGUGGAAGUGUCGAACAAGCAGAUAAAGGGGAUCCUCAGGACGAUUGUGGGAGUCACCAAGAAGGACUGGGCAGUUAAGUUGGACGACGCUCUCUGGGCUUACAGGACCGCCUAUAAGACGCCAAUAGGAAGGACACCUUUCUCGCUCCUUUACGGGAAAUCGUGUCACCUUCCGGUGGAGAUUGAGUACAGAGCACUCUGGGCAAUCAAACUGCUCAACUUCGACAUCAGGUCUGCCCAAGAGAAGAGGGGUUUCGACUUACAUGAGUUGGAAGAGAUCAGGCUGGACGCAUAUGAGAGCUCCAAGAUUUACAAAGAACGGACUAAGGCAUUUCACGACAAGAAAAUUGUGCCUAAGGUCUUCAAGGUUGGAGAAUAUGCGCUGCUUUUCAACUCGAGAGCUAAGUUGUUCCCUGGGAAGCUCAAGUCCAAGUGGUCGGGCCCGUUUGAGAUUAAGGACGUCCUUCCUUAUGGAGCUGUUACUUUGCUUAACGACAAUGGCGACGACGGCGAGAACGUGGUCGAGGACUCCAAAGAAGGUGAUGAAGGCUCCUCCAAAUUCCAAACGGCAGAGACCUCAACCAGGAAGAGGAAGGCAUCGAAGUCACCUCAAGCGAGCACAAAGGGUGAUUCCACAUCAUCCUCCUCCUCAGAUUCUUUCUGA